AUGCCUUCGCAGCAUCAUCAUCACCAUCAGCAUCACCACUCGGGCCGGCGCGGACACAGAUCGACACUGUCGCUGCAAAAGACGGAAAUCAAAAUCCACGUCUACGAUCUUCUGCCUCCCGGAAGAGUCGCCUCUGUGCUUUGGACUGUCGGGGCAUCUCUGCUUCACUCAGGUGUCGUUAUCAACGGCAGGGAAUACGCGUAUGGCGGCCACGAUAAGCGCGGAGUCACCGGAGUGUAUUGGACGAAACCUCGGAUCGAGCCUCCCGGCGGCACCUUCAAGUGCGAGAUUCUGCACGGCUUCACCUUGGCCACGUCGGAAGAAAUCGACGCCAUGCUGCGACAGGCGUCAGAAGAAUUCCUAGGCACAUCAUACAACCUGCUCACGAAGAACUGCAACCACUUCACGUCGUAUCUCUGCAAGAAGCUGACGGGAGACGCCGGCCCGGCAUGGCUGAAUCGCGCGGCAAGCAUUGGAGUUGCGCUGCCGUGUGUGGUGCCGAGAGACUGGAUCGAGCCCCCCGAAUACGUCAGCGCUGAUGGAGAACUCAUGGAUGACGACGACGAGCAUGCGGAUGAGCAGUCGCGCAUGUUGGGACACCAGAGGCCGCAUCUCCUUUCAGAACAUGGCGACGAAUGGAGCAGCGAGGACGAACGGCGCAGAGGUGGAAGUGGCAAGGGAAAGCAGAUUCUGCGAGAUACAUCGGGCAGACAGCUCCCAGCUGCAGAGAGAGCUAUUCGAGCGUAGUGAUUACAGCCAAUCUCGUGGCAGGUUGCUUCAUAUUCAUCUUUGGUCUUAGUUCAUGGGAGGGCGGAUAGGGGGCGUUCUUGGCUGAGUUGUGACGUUCAAACCAGAUCGGACGAUACCAUUUUCAUGCUCAUGGAGGCACUUGGAGUUCAUUUUAUCGGGUUGGCAUCUUUACGGACUGCGCCUUGCAGCCCAAUUUUGGCGGCCUUUUUUUUUUGUUUUCAUCUUUUUUGUUUGUCUUAUCUCUGGUAUAGGUAGUACAAGAUAUGGUACAUUCGGCUGUAUAUAUCAUCCACACAUAACUGAUGCAACCGAGCAUCUACAAACGCCUGGGCUUCUCGCUCCUUGUUCCUGCAAACUUGAUUCUCGUUGAAUCCGCAACCCGCACAAUCUUGUCCCGCAGCACCUUGCCCUCUGGGCUCAUCAAAACCUUGACCGCAGCUUCUCUGCCCUGACCGAAUCCUCGUAGAACUAACUCGAGACGCUGAAUCUUCAUGGGCCACCCGGUGUGGAUCAAUCGCUCCAAAACGUAUUUUGUCAAAGAAUAGGCCGAGUCGAAAGUGCCCCGCCGUGAUUUCCUGAAGCCAAUGUUGCCGCACGACAUGGAGAUGAUGGGCUCCCGGUUCGGCUUUGUGCAGGUAAUGUGUGUGUUGUGCUUGUGUGCGUAGAUGUGGAAGUGGUAAGGCUCCAGCUCGUCCUCCUUCUUCUGGGUGGCCUGUGAGGGCGCGCCUGAUAGGACGCUGGUAUCGAUAUUGGACUUGUUGAGGGCCUGGAAGACCAUGCUCUGGGAGAGGCUGGCCAUGGAAUCAGGCUGCGUGGACCGGCCGCUGGAUCCCAGUGAAGUGCCCCAGAUGCUUUCGAGGAGGUUCUCGGUUCGAGGCUUCGGAGGCACCGUCUUGGGCGAGUCUGGCUUUGCAUCUUUUGCGUCCUCCCAUCGUGCGCUUGUCUGCGACAGAAACCUGGCGCUCCGCACGCCAUUCCUGGCUGCAAUGUUCUGUGAUAU